UCUGGCCCCGAGCUCUCACACUGCUCUCACCGUGCCUUUCGUCCUGCCUUUGCUGUUACUAUGCAUUGCUAAAUCCAUUUGUAUCUCUAAUUGCGGCAAUAUCCUAAUAUCACCUGGAGACACCACAGGAUUGGAUCGAUACCUUCACAACUACUAUCGGAUUAUCUGACGAUAUUAGGCCUUAGCGGACUCUUCGGCGUUGAACAUGGACCCAAACCUACACUACUCAGACGAGUACGAUGAGUAUGUGGCGGCAUGCUGGCCAGUGCAAGCUCUCGUCAUUGACGUCCAUGCAGAUCUGAUCAGCUCAGUGGUCCACCUCGAGGCCGGUCACCUACCCCUCCUUCCUCGAAUACACCACCGCCAGACUCUUCUCAGUACAGUCUAGAUGAUCAUGGUCACGUGGCUACGCACGACCGUUCUCACCGGUCUCAUCGCUCGAGUGGCCGUCACAGUACCAACCGUGAAUUCAUGAAGCUCUUGGUCAGCGAGGAAACCGAAGCUAAGCAAACACGGAGAUUCCUCCGCUCCGCUCUUGCGCGGUUAGACAACGAGACUGUCCGUGCUCAGGAGGCAGAGAAGCGCGCUUUGGAGCUCGCAGAGCGAUUCAAAGUCGUCAACGAUGCACGUAUCCAGGCUCAGCAGGAACUACAGCGCGUAAAUGAAGAGCUCAGGCUUUACAAAGUCCAGUAUGACAGUGCUCAACGGGAGCUUAUCAGAGGCCAAGAGCUGCUGAAGAGUUUGGAGGCGCAACGAGACGACGCUGAGACACACGCCGCGAAAGCUAGGUCAACGGCCCGACGGUUGAAGGAGGAGAAUCUGAUGAUGAGAGCCAGAGAAGAGGGCAGAAGAGCUGGAUAUGCAGAAGGCCUGCGAAGAGGUAUGGAACAGGCGCGGAUGCAAGGAUUACGCUCGGACGCGGACGGCGGAACUGACUUAAACAUGACUGACGACGCAUAUCGCACUGACUCUCUGGCAGAUCUUCCUGUGCGCAACUUGACCUCUCCUAUAUCCCUGCAAUCCCCCAUCCCACAACGCCCCAUCCCUCCCGCGACUCUACAACCAGUUCCUCCUGAUUCUCAGACGUCACGAUUCCAUGAACAUGGGAUCGGCAUCAGCCCUGCACCUAUUAACGUUACACUGUUGGACGAGCCAAGUCAAUGGCCGGAUCUGCCUCCCCGACGAUCCACGCCAGUCGCUAACCCGCCACCUUCUCCCAGACACCAGUUCACGCAUGACCUUCCCUUAGGCUACAUCCCACCCAUGGACCCAGAUGGGCAGAUCAGGCUACCGCCUUCGCAUGAAAUUGAACCUGGCCCUACCUCGCCGCUGCCUCUUCAUAUUCCUCCUCCUGGCUCAAUGCGUAAUCGGUCUGAUUCGGACGCGUCAGCAGGUUCUGCUGCCAGAGACUAUGCAUUCGCAAAACCCCAGACCCCCUCAGUAGCCGAGUCAUACCAAUCCAUCCCGGCCUCUCAAUCUACAACUAUGUCCCAGUUCGAUCUUGUAAAUCCGCCGCCUCCAAUGCAGCAACGCAAUUUCAGCGGCGAUCGUAGGCAUGCGCUAAGUACCAUCCAGGAGGUGGCGAGUUCUGCAGACUUCACGCCCAGACAUAGUCCUAGCAUCGACAGGAGUGCUCUGUUCGACGCCCAAUCUCCGCCCCACGAUGAUGGAGGAAUGCCUCAGUCUAACGUGUUCCCGGGUGUGCCUCAAGUUCGCGUCGAAGCUGAGGGUUCUCCUGUGGCUCAAAUGCGCGGCCCUUCUAGGAUUCAUGCUGACAAUGUACGCCUUGCAGACGCAUUUCGAUGGGGACACCCGGAUGUUGCUGAUGAGAUGCGGCGCGGUAGUUCAGAGGUUAGUGCUUAGACGCAAAGUAA